AUGACGGAACAUUGUAGCCCUUACAUUUUGUCCUCAACAAACGGCCUGGAUUCGGAUCUAAUUGGUUUACAAUCAGGGGAUUCGGGGAAUCGAACCUCUCCAGGAAUUUUGGCUAUUAGUCAAUUUACCAGCUAUCGUGAUAAUCUGAUUGUUUGUGGUCCGGCGUCGACCACCACAGACACGGGUUUGUCUUCUUCAAACCAAACCCCUGGAACCUCUGGAUCAACGGCUGGGCAUGAUCUGUUCGGUGUAUAUCGACCAACGGUCGAUGGUACACCGCGUUUCACUCCACUUGGUCGGGUCUCGUCCAGUGUGAUUCGGGGUCGAAUCACGGCUCUGGCGAGUCUCCCAGAAAGUGGUUUACUGUUGUUAGGCGAUACACACGGUCACCUGAGUUUGAUUUACUGA